AUGAGCGACUCCGAACCCCAAAUGGUCGACCUGGGCGACUAUCUCUUUGCCCGAUUCAAGCAGCUAGGCGUGGACUCCGUCUUUGGAGUGCCCGGCGACUUCAACCUCACCCUGUUGGACCACGUGUACAAUGUCGACAUGCGGUGGGUUGGGAACACAAACGAGCUGAAUGCCGGCUACUCGGCCGACGGCUACUCCCGGGUCAAGCGGCUGGCAUGUCUUGUCACCACCUUUGGCGUGGGAGAGCUGUCUGCCGUGGCUGCUGUGGCAGGCUCGUACGCCGAGCAUGUGGGCGUGGUGCAUGUUGUGGGCGUUCCCAGCACCUCUGCUGAGAACAAGCAUCUGCUGCUGCACCACACACUCGGUAACGGCGACUUCCGGGUCUUUGCCCAGAUGUCCAAACUCAUCUCCGAGUACACCCACCAUAUUGAGGACCCCAGCGAGGCUGCCGACGUAAUCGACACCGCCAUCCGAAUCGCCUACACCCACCAGCGGCCCGUUUACAUUGCUGUGCCCUCCAACUUCUCCGAGGUCGAUAUUGCCGACCAGGCUAGACUGGAUACCCCCCUGGACCUUUCGCUGCAGCCCAACGACCCCGAGAGCCAGUACGAGGUGAUUGAGGAGAUUUGCUCGCGUAUCAAGGCCGCCAAGAAGCCCGUGAUUCUCGUCGACGCCUGCGCUUCGCGAUACAGAUGUGUGGACGAGACCAAGGAGCUGGCCAAGAUCACCAACUUUGCCUACUUUGUCACUCCCAUGGGUAAGGGUUCUGUGGACGAGGAUACUGACCGGUACGGAGGAACAUACGUCGGAUCGCUGACUGCUCCUGCUACUGCCGAGGUGGUUGAGACAGCUGAUCUCAUCAUCUCCGUAGGAGCUCUUCUGUCGGACUUCAACACCGGUUCCUUCUCGUACUCCUACUCCACCAAAAACGUGGUGGAAUUGCAUUCGGACCACGUCAAAAUCAAGUCCGCCACCUACAACAACGUCGGCAUGAAAAUGCUGUUCCCGCCCCUGCUCGAAGCCGUCAAGAAACUGGUUGCCGAGACCCCUGACUUUGCAUCCAAGGCUCUGGCUGUUCCCGACACCACUCCCAAGAUCCCCGAGGUACCCGAUGAUCACAUUACGACCCAGGCAUGGCUGUGGCAGCGUCUCAGUUACUUUCUGAGGCCCACCGACAUCGUGGUCACCGAGACCGGAACCUCGUCCUUUGGAAUCAUCCAGACCAAGUUCCCCCACAACGUCCGAGGUAUCUCGCAGGUGCUGUGGGGCUCUAUUGGAUACUCGGUGGGAGCAGCCUGUGGAGCCUCCAUUGCUGCACAGGAGAUUGACCCCCAGCAGCGAGUGAUUCUGUUUGUGGGCGACGGCUCUCUUCAGCUGACGGUGACCGAGAUCUCGUGCAUGAUCCGCAACAACGUCAAGCCGUACAUUUUUGUGCUCAACAACGACGGCUACACCAUCGAGAGGCUCAUUCACGGCGAAAACGCCUCGUACAACGAUGUGCACAUGUGGAAGUACUCCAAGAUUCUCGACACGUUCAACGCCAAGGCCCACGAGUCGAUUGUGGUCAACACCAAGGGCGAGAUGGACGCUCUGUUCGACAACGAAGAGUUUGCCAAGCCCGACAAGAUCCGGCUCAUUGAGGUCAUGUGCGACAAGAUGGACGCGCCUGCCUCGUUGAUCAAGCAGGCUGAGCUCUCUGCCAAGACCAACGUUUAG